AUGGGACAAGAAGCAAGCAUUUUCCGGGACCCCCAGGGAGCCAAGAGGCUUCUGGUAUCCUCCCAGUGUCUUUGGGGACUGAUCAAUAAUGCUGGCAUUCUUGGGGUACUGGCUCCCACCGACUGGCUGACAGUGGAGCACUUCAGGGAGCCUUUUGAAGUAAAUCUGUUUGGCCUCAUUAAUGUGACACUGAACAUGCUGCCCUUGGUCAAGAAAGCUCAAGGGAGGAUAAUCAACGUUUCUAGCAUAGGUGGUCGGCUUGCAAUCUCUGGAGGUGGAUAUACUCCAUCCAAGUAUGCAGUGGAAGGGUUCAACGAUAGCUUGAGACGAGACAUGAAAGAAUUUGGUGUAAAAGUGUCAUGUAUCGAGCCUGGAUUGUUUAAAACAGGACUGUCAGAUCCAGUAAAGGCCACUGAAAAGAAAAUGGCAGUUUGGAAUCAACUUUCAUCAGACAUCAAACAACAGUAUGGAGAUGGAUACAUUGAAAAAAGUCUUGCUAAAAAAGCAAAAAAUAAGCUUUUUCAGAACCUGGACUUGUCACUGGUGGUAAAGUGCAUGGACCAUGCCUUAACAAGCCUCUUUCCUCAAACUCAUUAUAUCGCUGGUGUUGAUGCAAAGACUUUUUGGAUUCCUCUCUCCCAUAUGCCAGCAAUUUUGCAAGAUUUUCUGUUGCAGAAACAUAAAGUCAAACUGGCUGAUCCAAAAGCUGUAUGA